GCGAGAAUUUUCCAAGUGAGCUCAGUAACGCUGCUGUCGUCCCGAAAAGAGGCCAGACUUGGGCGGAGUUUAUGACUUUGGCUUUUGCGGCAGCGGAUCUCUGAAUUACAUCUUCUGUGAUCUGAAAUCAAGUGAAACACGCGCUCGCUACUUUUUUGUGUGCCAGAUUUCAGUGACACAAAGACAUUUUAAAGCAGAGAAACAUGACUCAGUUCAACAAGGGACCAGCCUACGGAUUAUCUGCAGAAGUUAAAAGCAAGAUUGCACAGAAAUAUGACAUGCAGAAGGAAGAGGAGCUCCGUUUCUGGAUCGAAGAGGUGACUGGCAUGCCCAUCGGAGACAACUUUCAGAAGGGCCUGAAAGAUGGUGUAAUUCUAUGCGAGUUAAUAAACAAGCUGCAGCCAGGUUCCAUAAAGAAAAUCAACCACUCACAGUUGAACUGGCACAAGCUGGAGAACCUUGGGAAUUUCAUCAAAGCCAUCCUAACCUAUGGCUUGAAGCCCAAUGACAUCUUUGAAGCCAAUGACCUCUUUGAAAAUGGGAACAUGACUCAAGUCCAGACCACACUGCUCGCCCUUGCAAGCAUGGUAUAUUUUGAUCCUCUGUCAUGUACUGGGAACACAGUGAAGCUUAUUUCUUAUGAAUCAGCUUGUGUUGUGUUUAUGCUCAAUUUGUGCAACAUGCAUGUUAAAUGUGUGAUUUUUAAAACAAAUUUUAUUACUUAUUUGCAGGCGAAAACCAAAGGCCUUGAUACAAAGGUUGACAUUGGAGUGAAAUACGCAGAUAAGCAGGAAAGGCAUUUUGAUGACGAUAAGAUGAAGGCUGGCCAGUGUGUUAUCGGACUUCAGAUGGGGACUAACAAAUGUGCAAGCCAGGCCGGCAUGACUGCUUAUGGCACGCGGAGACAUCUUUAUGACCCAAAGACCCAAACAGACAAGCCUUAUGACCAGACAACCAUCAGCCUGCAGAUGGGCACUAACAAAGGAGCUAGCCAGGCUGGCAUGUCUGCCCCAGGCACCAGAAGAGACAUUUUUGAUCAGAAGGUCGCUGUGCAACCUCUGGAUAACUCCACCAUCUCCCUGCAGAUGGGCACCAACAAGGUGGCAUCUCAGAAAGGCAUGAGCGUGUACGGGCUUGGCAGGCAGGUCUAUGACCCCAAAUACUGUGCCCCGGCCACAGAGCCCAUCAUCCAUGCCAACGGCAGUCAAGGCACAGGCACGAACGGCUCAGAGAUCAGCGACAGUGACUAUCAUGUGGAAUACCAAGAGGAGGAGUACCAGGGCAAUUAUCAUGAUGAAUACAGUGGCCACUACAAUGACCAGGGUAUCGACUACUAGGGAGAGGUGCAUCAUUACUCGAAACAGUAUUAAUGCAAUAUAUUCUCAACAGAGCAAGUCUUUUGCUAUCAUCAGUAGUCUUUGUUUUGUAUUAAGGGAUGAGAGAGUGUUAUUGGCUUGUGAUCCUUGCCCCUACUCUAGAUGACCUGUUUUUAAGCUGGCCAUGUUUUACUAUGGUCAUAUUUAAAUAUAAACAGAAAGAUACCUAAAACCUGCUAUGUUAUGAUUCAGAAUGUUACUUUUAACUGCUUUUUUUAAUGAAGAAUGGAGAACUGUGAAGAAAAUAUUCCACAUUUUCACUAUGCAGAAUUUGCUCAGUGGAGAUCCACUUUUUUAUUCCCUGUGAUUUCUUUAGUAAGUUUAUUAAUUGACUUUUCACGCAUCUCGGAGCGAAUCAGUCUGAAUUCGCAAUUAAGCAUCACCAGCCAAUCUCUGCUCUAUUGUAACAUAAAAGGAGUGAGGAUGAUCCUAAGCUGUGUCAAAUAAUGGGCAGAAAUUUAGAGUAAAAGCCUUUAAAUCAUUUAAUUUGUGUUUUUACAUCACUGGAAGAUGACUUUCAUAUCUUUUAAAUUGCCGAGGCUUUAGUGCAUUUAAGAGAGUUGCUUCAUUAGACUGGAUAACCAAGAGUUCUUUUCAUUUCCUGCUUUUAUCAAAGUUUUAUUUGUGCCAUAAUCCUUUUAAAUUGUUCUUAUACAUUCCACUCCCACUGUAUUUAUUGUCAUUUUGUCAUUUAGGCUGUUCCUCUGUCAUAUGGUUCUUUUUAUGAAUAAAUUGUAUGUUAUAAAUAAAUCCUUUGAAUGU